AUGCGGACGAGCACGUUCAGUCGAAUAGUGAAGGCCGGGCUUCAUGUUUUCGGCGUCUGGCCGUACUUACCGUCGACUUUGGUAUGUCAAUUGUACUGGAUCAUAGCGUUGAGCACGGCACAGGUCUUUCAGUACGGUUACGUGGUCUACAGCAAUCCGGAGAGCUUCUCCGAGUUCAUGGACGGAGUGAGCAGCGCGAUGGCCUCCACGCUGCUCUUCAGCAAGCUCGGUAUUCUGUGGGCCAAUCAAAAAAAGUUCGGGGUUAUAUUGCGAAUAAUGACGUCGGAUUGGCAAAGUCACACAUCGAGCCACCAGAGCAAGAGCAUAAUGAUAAAUGCGUCAUUUCUCGCACGUCGCGUAUCGAGGAUAAUCAUUCUCAUGCAAUUUUUCUCCGUGUUCUUCUACAGUCUCGGGGUCCUCGUCGCUAACGCGGGCGAUCCCGAGAAAUGGGAGCCGUACAAUCGGGAGCUCAUACUUAAGAUGAAAUUCCCGUUCGAGAUUAAUACGCAUCCUAUCUAUGUGGCUGUCACAGUGAUUCAGUUCAUACACUUGAUGUUCGUUGGAUGGGGCAUUACCGUUGUCAACACACUUUUCGUUACUCUGUCGCUUGAUGAGCCCAACGCCGCAGCAAUUUUGGUGAAGUGUUUCAUGUUCUACGUCACAAUGAACCUGGAUGUGUUUAUAUAUUGCUACGCCGGCGAGUAUUUGAGUGCCAAGAGCAAACUGAUCGGUGACGCAGCGUACAAUUCUCUUUGGUAUAAUGUUGCGGCGAAGGACAGUGAGAUGAUGGUGUUCGUCAUUUUGAGGUCGCAAAAACGAUUGACGAUCACGUGCGGAAAAAUUAUGGAGCUCUCUUUGGAACGUUUCACCAGCGUCGUGAAGGCAUCGGCGUCAUAUAUGUCGGUGCUUAUGGCAAUGUACUGA